GCUAAGUAACACUUCCUGUGCGUUGAAUGUGUAGAAAAGUAAAUAACGGCUAAACAUGGUGCACUAAUUGGGAUUAUUGGUAAAUCGGAAAUCGUUUUUCGCGUGAAAAUAGUCUUACCUUUGAGAACUGUAGAUUUAGCGGCAAAAUCAUGACACUGACAACAAUUAAAGACGGCGAAUACACCGCCACUGUCUACAAAAUGAUCAAAGAUGGGCGGUAUGGAGAGGCUAUCCACAUCCUCAGCAAUGAACUGCAGAAACAGAUGAAGUCACGGGCAGCCCUGUCUCUGCUAGGCUACUGCUACUACCACAUGCAGGACUUCACCAACGCAGCAGAGUGCUAUGAGCAGCUGACCCAGCUACACCCCGAGGUGGAGGAGUACAGGCUGUAUUACGCCCAGUCUCUGUACGGGGCCUGUGCCUACCCUGAGGCCAUGAAGGCUACCUUUCUAUUGGACAACCCUACCAGCCACACCAAGAUGAUCAAACUGCAGGCAUCCAUCAAAUACGGAGAAGAGGAGUACUCUGGAGCGAAGACACUGGUAGAGCAGCUUCCCCAGGACGACCCAGACUAUGACGUGGACAUGGGCUGUCUACUCUCAAGAGGGGAGUACGAGGAGGCUUGCAAGAAGUUCAUGUCUGCCAUGCAGGUGCUGGGCUACCAACCAGAACUGUCCUACAACAUAGGUCUGUGCUACUACAGUAUGAAACAGUAUGGUCAGGCCCUCAAGUUCAUCGGAGAGAUCAUCGAGAGAGGGAUCAGGGAACAUCCAGAGCUGAGCGUUGGCAUGACGACAGAGGGCAUUGACGUGAGGAGUGUUGGGAACACCCUGAUCCUACAUGAGAGCCUCAUAGAAGGCUUCAACCUCAAGGCUGCUAUAGAAUACCAGCUCAAAACUUGCGAUGCAGCUCAGGAGGCCUUGACUGACAUGCCUCCCAGAUCAGAGGAGGAGCUGGACCCAGUGACGCUCCACAACCAGGCCCUGAUGAACAUGGAUAAGAAGCCAUCGGAGGGUUUUGAGAAACUGGCCUUCCUCCUGCAGCAGAUCCCCUUCCCCCCGGUCACCUUCGGAAACCUGCUGCUACUAUACUGCAAAUAUGAGUAUUUUGAUCUGGCUGCUGAUGUGAUGGCAGAGAAUGCACACCUCACCUACAAGUUCCUCACCCCGUAUCUGUAUGAGUUUCUGGACGCCAUGUUGACCUGCCAGACCGCUCCAGAGGAGGCCUUCAGGAAGUUUGAUGAGAUGAACGCCAAGUUGACAGAUCAACUACGCAAGCUGACCAAACAGAUACAGGAAGCCAGACUAGCCCGGGAUAACGAAGCCUUGAAGAAAACCCUCCAGGACUACGAUGAGAUGGUGGAGAAGUACAUCCCAGUUCUGAUGGCCCAGGCUAAGAUCUACUGGAAGGAGAACUACCAGAUGGUUGAGAAGAUCUUCCGUAAGUCGGUGGAGUUCUGCAACGAACACGACACCUGGAAGCUCAACGUGGCUCACGUUCUCUUCAUGCAGGAGAACAAGUACAAGGAAGCCAUCGGCUUUUACGAACCCAUCGUUAAGAAACACUACGACAACAUCCUGAAUGUCAGUGCUGUUGUGCUGGCUAACCUGUGUGUCUCCUAUAUCAUGACCAGCCAGAACGAAGAGGCUGAAGAACUGAUGAGGAAGAUCGAGAAGGAGGAAGAGCAGAUCUCCUACGACGACCCCGAUAAGAAAGUCUUCCACCUCUGUAUCGUCAACCUGGUUAUAGGGACCCUGUACUGUGCCAAGGGGAACUACGACUUUGGCAUCACCCGUGUCAUCAAGAGUCUGGAACCGUACAACAAGAAGCUGGGAACAGACACCUGGUUCUAUGCUAAGCGCUGUUUCCUGUCUCUGCUGGAGAACACGGCCAAACACAUGAUCAUGAUCAGGGACUCCGUUGUUCAGGAGUGUAUUCAGUUCCUGGAGCACUGUGAAGUGUACGGUAAGACAGAGCCAGCCAUGAUAGAACAGCCACUGGAGGAGGACAGGAUGCACAUCGGAAAGAACACCGUCACCUACGAGUCUCGCCUCCUCAAAGCUCUCUUCUACGAGGUCAUCGGAUGGAACCAGUGAUGUCAUACUAGAACGGAACAGAGCCUGUGAUGUCACCGGACGGAACCCGGUGAUGUCAUCGGACAGAACCAGUAGUUUACACUAAAGCCUUUUAAAACCUGUUCUACACUCCAAACAGUUCAAAUCUAUCAACCUGGACCACAUCACAUGAGCCAUUAUAGUACAUUAUAUAUUUGGCUUGUUGUUAUUUUCUGCAUCAUCUGAAAGUUACAAGCUGUUGUUCUGACUUCUGUUAAACAUAUUCUGGACUCUC